CCUUCCCAGCUCCCUGUCGCAUCUUAUCCUCCUCUACGCCGAUCUGCGAAAUCGACUUCAUAUUUAAUGCGCUCUCCGCAUAUCGCCUACGAUAAUAUUUUGCCCGGCGUACAAACAUCAGUCGAAAUUUCGUCGCCUCGAUUGGAUUGCGCCUAUCGCCAUUGUCAAUUGUCGUUUCGGGUUGAUUUACCUGUCGGCGACCUGCGCAACUCCCAGUUGGAUCAAAGGAAGACUGUUGCGGCCUAUAAGGUUAAUACGACGCUGAACGCCAUAUACCAAUCUCGACCUCGAUAGUUUUUCCCCCAAGAUGGCGAACCGACCUAAUUUCAUCGAUCUGAGAGCGAAUUCCUCGACCUCGGUUGCCAGCAGCGCUGUUUCCCGCCCUCUCAGGUCGCCACGAUUACAUGUCGCAGGGGAAGUUCCUCCCGCCUUAUCCCCUCUGGAUGCCUUCGCGGCUCAGAGUCGCUUGCUAGCUAAGCAGCUCGAAGAGAGCGCUAAGACUGGCAGGCGAAUGAGUCGCCUGCCUCCAUUGACAACGGAGAGCCCGCUAGUUGUCCAGGGUCGAUCCGAUUACUUUCGCUCCAUGUCUUACGACUCCUCCGAAGACCAGCCAGAAACCCCACAGCAACAGAACACCGGGCUUGGGCUGACAACAGAAGUAGAAUCGCCUACAGAGCGACCUGUUUCGAUGCACCCUCGGAUGAGCCGCAUACCACCUACUCCAGACCAGUCGGUACCUCUCCCCCCAAACCCAUUCAUCGAGAACUCGCGUGGCCGUCAGCUGGAAAAGCUCGAUGAGGAUGGCGGUUUUUUUGGCGCGCGCAGGGAGCAGUCGCCUAGUGAUCUUGAGAGCAUAGGCGAUAGAGGGACAGAACAUAAAUUAAUAGAGCAUGACCGUGAUGCUAGAGAAAUUUCACCAACCCGGGGCCGCUUUCCUCCAUCACCUGAGAAGCUAACCAAGAUAUCCUCGCAUGAGUCCGUCGGCUUAGUCCCCCCUAGGGCCCUAUUCCCUAAACGUUCUUCGAGCAUAAUGUCGGCGCCUUUGGAAGGGAAUAAUGAUGAGAUUUUGAGUGCUUCUUUUCACUCGCAGCCAGGACGAAAGCUCUCUUCAGGCAGUGCCUUCUCAGGGCCGGGCCUCGCGUCCCCCAUUGCUCAUUAUCAAAGAUCGCCGUCGAUAAGUUCCGAGGCUUCUGCCCCAUUACCGCGCCCCUCUUUCAACUUCUCUCGCCCACUUAGUCGAUCAGGUACCCCAGGUCUAGAGCCACCCUCUCGACAGGCAUCGUCCGAUAGUCAACCCUCUUUCGUGCUUGCCGAUGAGACGGCGCACACUCCGGUCAGUAUGCACAGCGAAGCUUUUCUGGAUGACGACGGGAGAGGUGCCCCUUCGUACAUCUACUCGAAGUAUUCUUUACCCAGAGGCAAAUCGUUGCAGCGCAACUCGGCUAUUUUUCGCGACAAUGAACCGUCGGCUUCCUUCGUAUGGGAACAACCAAUCACUGCCCCGAGCAAUGUUCAGACUUUUCCUAGGAGUGGUCAGGCACCACCAUCGCCACCUACGAGGCCUACGAGCUCCUCGUCGAGGGCACAGGACGGCACCCACAAUGCCGAUUCUCUCCUGACCCGCCCGUCGGUGGAGCGAAGUAAGCUUUCUAACGAAAUGUCCUUGGAUGGGCGACAGCCAUCACCUGACCCUAGCCGCCCAUCAACCGGUGGGAGCAGGCCCUCAGAAGAUGCUCCUAGGGGGCGGACACUCACCUCGCCACUCCACGAUCAAUCCCGAGGACGAACGCCAAUGUCCGUGUCUACAAGUGACUCUGCUAGUACCAUUAGACCACCCAAAUCUCAGCAUUCGCAUGCCCCCACUGCCUCUGAGAUAAGCGCAGAAGAGCAUCUGGCUAAAGGCAUCAAGUGCCACGAGGAAGGCUCCGUGAAGGAAUCCACCUAUCACCUGCGACUUGCUGCACGCGCCGGCGAUCCGACGGGGAUGCUAUUGUAUGCGCUAGCUUGUCGGCACGGGUGGGGCAUGCGGCCGAACCAACGAGAAGGCGUCGAGUGGUUGCGGAAAGCCGCUGACGUUGUCAGUGCCGAGAUUGCGGAAGAUGAAGACCACGUCAAAGAGGGGAAAUCCGUAGAUUUCAUGGAUCGUAAAACGCGUAAGGCGCAGUUCGCCUUGAGUAUCUACGAAUUAGGUGUCAGCCAUAUGAAUGGUUGGGGCAUCGAGCAAGAUAAAGCACUUGCCCUACGUUGUUUCGAGAUUGCAGGAAGCUGGGGAGAUGUUGAUGCUCUAGCCGAGGCUGGCUUUUGCUAUGCCAAAGGCGUCGGGUGUAAGAAAGACCUUAAGAAGAGCGCUAAAUUUUAUCGCAUGGCCGAGGCCAAAGGCAUGAGUAUGCCAGGAAAUAGCUGGAUACACAAAGCAAAAUAUAGCGACGAUGCCAGCAGCGUGAAGUCGAAGCGCGCCCGAAGCAAGUCGAGGAGCAGAGGAAUAUUCGGGAAAAAGGCCUAGGAAUAGGGGAAGAGGGAAGGGACACCCUUAAAAUUUAAGUCGAGGGCGUAUUGUACGGUUGGGAUUCGUAUUACUCUACCUUCUUUGGCGUU